UUGACACUAACAACUCCAGAGCAUGGUUUCGUGUUGGGCUGCUACAGAGAGAAGAAGCCAGAGCGAGAAUUUUCUAUCUCAGGUUUUGCUCGAUAAGGCUCAAGAAAUACCAACUCUCUGGACAAGGAGACCUCCUGUAGCCUCAGCUUCUGUUGCCAUCGCCACAGCUGUGUCUCCAGUUUGCUUUUCCAGGCCUUUUUAAAAGGCUCUCUCUUCUUGAUCUAGAAGUCUUUCACCUACCAGACUGAACUUCUAACCUGACAACACCUCUUCAGUUUUCUUUCCUUCCAAAGCUGCUAUCCUUUGCCUUUGUGUCUCUCACAUGCCUGAAUCGGUCUGUUCUGGAGAAUUGGUCCUAGUCUUCUUCCACCUCACUCACCCGCGACCAAAAGGAUCGACUUAUUCCUAGCGAAUCAGUCUUUUGCUGGAAAUCUAAACCCUUUCGCGCUGCGACUGCUGAGCACUGGAGAUUUGGAAAGUGGGCCGCGUCUAAUAUGCCCAAACCAGUGGCACGAUGAAGGAGAAGUCCAAGAAUGCGGCCAAGACAAGGAGGGAAAAAGAAAAUGGAGAAUUUUAUGAACUGGCCAAGUUGCUGCCCCUUCCUUCGGCCAUCACCUCUCAGCUAGACAAGGCAUCCAUCAUUCGGCUCACCACCAGCUACCUAAAAAUGCGAGCAGUCUUUCCAGAAGGUUUGGGAGACGCUUGGGGACAGCCGAGUCAGGUCGGACCACUGGACAAUGUAGCUAAAGAACUGGGAUCUCACUUGCUGCAGACUCUGGAUGGAUUUGUUUUUGUGGUAGCAUCUGAUGGCAAAAUAAUGUAUAUAUCUGAAACAGCAUCUGUACAUCUAGGCUUAUCCCAGGUGGAGCUCACUGGCAAUAGUAUUUAUGAGUACAUCCAUCCUUCUGACCAUGAUGAGAUGACAGCUGUUCUUGCUGCUCACCAGCCUCUUCAUCAUCAUCUCUUACAAGAGUAUGAAAUAGAGCGGUCAUUUUUCCUGAGGAUGAAGUGUGUCUUAGCAAAAAGGAAUGCAGGGUUGACAUGCAGCGGCUAUAAGGUCAUCCACUGCAGUGGCUAUUUGAAGAUAAGACAGUUUAUGCUGGACAUGUCCUUAUAUGAUUCCUGUUACCAAAUUGUGGGGUUGGUGGCUGUUGGUCAGUCUUUGCCUCCCAGUGCAAUCACAGAGAUCAAACUUCAUAGUAAUAUGUUCAUGUUUAGGGCAAGUCUGGACCUAAAAUUAAUAUUUCUGGAUUCCAGGGUGACUGAACUAACUGGCUAUGAACCACAGGAUUUAAUAGAGAAAACACUCUACCAUCAUGUCCAUGGCUGUGAUAUGUUCUACUUACGUUAUGCUCAUCAUCUAUUGUUAGUGAAAGGUCAAGUCACAACCAAAUACUACAGACUGCUAUCCAAGCAUGGAGGCUGGGUAUGGGUACAGAGUUAUGCCACCAUUGUGCACAACAGCCGGUCAUCAAGACCUCACUGCAUAGUGAGUGUCAAUUAUGUCCUCACAGAUAUUGAAUACAAGGAAAUACAAUUAUCAUUGGAUCAAGUCACUUCUUCCAAGUCCCAGUAUUCCUGUAGGAGUUCAAUGUCUACCUCGCAAGAACCUAGGAAAAUAGCUAAAUCCAAAAGUAACAAGAUGAAGACAAAAGUCAGAACAAACCCAUAUCUACCGCAGCAAUACGACUCUUUCCAAAUGGACAAAUCGGAAUGUGGCCAGGUUGGAAAUUGGAGAGCAAGUUCCACAACAAAUGCUACAAAUACUCAAGAACAAAACUUUUAUUCAGAAAACAGUGAACUUUUAUAUGCUCCAUCCUACAGCUUGCCUUUCUCUUACCAUUAUGGACCUUUUCCUAUAGAUUCACAUGUAUUCAGGAGCAAAAGACAAAUGCUGUCUUCAAAAUUUGGGCAAUCUCAAGGGUCCCCAUGUGAAGUGGCACGUUUUUUCUUAAGCACAUUGCAAACCAGUGGAGAGUGCCAGUGGCAUUAUGCCAAUCCCUUAGUACCUAACAGCCAAACUCCAGCUAAAAAUCUUCCUGACCAGCCAAUGAAUAUCACACGACACAACCUGGCACCCAAUUAUGAAGUGCCCAUAUCAGCCCAAAGAUAUAAUGAAGACGCCAUAUCUGACAGCUUUACAAGCUGUGCCACAGCCAUCCCUAACAGCCAGCAGAAGAAGGACAUUUAUGAUUCCAGCACUGGGAAAUCCAACAAAGUCGAGAGCAGGAUACAUCCACCCCACCAUCUCAUCAAGGAAGAAAGCAAAUUAGUUUUCAACAGGGACCUACCUGAAAAAAUGAAUGCAAAUGAAAAACCCUCAUUGAACUUUGUGCCAAAUUCCCUACUUCCUAAAUCAGAAUGUUUCCAAUCCAAGACCUUUGGACAACUAAGCCAUCUUCUACCAGUGCCAGCUCUAUAUGAACAGACAAGGAUAUAUAUGAAGGAACCUAAGUACGGGCCCACCGGACACCACAGCCCUCAUUUGGACCAGCCAGAAGGCAAUAACAUAAUGGCAGCAAAGGUAGACCAUGGCACUGAGAAUGAACACAUGAUGGAUAUGCAGCCCACGGGGCAAGUUCCCUUCGUACUUCUAAACUACCACCACCUGUUAUCCAAACACGGGACAUUCCAGCCUUCCUCAUGCACAGCCACCAGACAUGUAGCCGAAAAUUAUGGAUCUAGUUCAGAAGAGGAAAUGUUUAGCUUAUACAAGGAAUUCUAUUAAGGCAAAGAAGAGUCCGUAAGAGACAAUGUGGACUACUAGGCUUAAGACGGAGUAUGUAUGUCUAUGCAUAGCAUGUAUACAUGUGAUUAACAAAUGAAAUAAAAAAGGGCAAGUUUCCUACUCUAAAAAAAGAAAUACCUAAUUUUUUUAAUCUUUUAUCUUCCAAUGAAUAAAGUUAUUCAAAGGAUUGCUCCAAGACUAAAACCAACAUUCACAAAGUUAAUCUAGGCGUUACUUUAAUAGCAAUAUUAAGGGAAAAUAUUUAAUAUAGAAGAUAGAAGGUACACUUUUCUGUGAGAGAAGCUCUGGUGUCUGGCUCAUAGAAGGAUGGAGUAGCUUUGCAGAGAGGGCAGCAAAGGGAUCACUGAACAAAGAGUACCUUAAAAAAUGGUGAAGAGUGGAGCUUAUAAAAAGGUAUGCGUAAUGCUAUAAGUAUAAUGGAAUAGAGCAAAUUAAAAGAAUGCCACAAAAUUUUAUUGUGCUCUUUAUUGAGCUCUGGGUUAUCAAAAACAUAUUAUCCAAAAAAAAAAAAAAAAAAAAGCACAAUAUUCUAAGGUGUUAAGUCCUUUGAAAGCACACAUAUGUUAAGAUGAAUGUUAAAUCUUAACAUAAGCCAUUGCAGUGAAAGGAGAAAUAUUCCAAAAUACUUUUAGCUGACUGAAAUUUUAGAUAUCAUGAAUAUAACUUUAUUUUCAAACCAUCUGAGUUUUUAAAAAAAUUAUUUCUACUAAGCUUAAUUUUUUAAGCAUUAGGACCUUGUUUUUUUGUGAUGAAAAUAAACUUUUGUCAAAAAUAUAUCAAAAGCAACCCCCAAAGCAUGCAAACUUUCAAUACUUACAAAUGCAUAUGCAUUCCUUAUUAUGUAUUUUUUCAUUUAUUAUGUAUUUUUUCAUAUUAAUAAAAACUAUCACCAAGCAUGGUUGGUUGUUGUCUUAAAUAAAAUAUAAACUAUGAAUUCCACAGAUCUUGCUCAUUUUAAUUACAAAGGCUGACUCCUUUCAAGCUUGAAAAUGUAAAUUUAUAUUUCAUUUUAUUACAUGUAUAUAGCAAUUUCCUAAGAAAAGGCAGAGUCUUUGGUUUCUGAAUAUUAAGGAGAAAUUAAUUUUCUGUGAGUUCAAAGUUCAAAUCUUUUGGAUACAAAUUUAAACUUCUAAUUUACCAUUUUCCCCUCCUAUGCUGGCUGUGAAGCCCUUUACUUUCUCCAGCACUACUCUCAGGAUCUAACUCCUUUAUCCCUUUAUCCAUCAAUCUGCUGAGUUGAAUGGAGUUAAAAUGCUGUUGCCCUUGGGAUCUUGUCUGCUCCUCAACACAAGAAUUUGCUGCAGAGCUUUCUUGGGUUAUUCUUUCCCAUCACAGCUUCUUAACCUUUGCAUGGUUAAAAUUAAAGGCAACUCCCUUUAUUGCCCAAGUAAUAUUAGUGUCUUUAUUUCAUAAACAGCAAUUUCAUGUUUUUAUUUCAUAACUAUCCAUUUCAUCCUAGCCCCAUAUGCCAAGGUCUUUCAAAUAAAUGUUCCCCCAAACCCAAAAAUAUUGUUAUUGAAUAAAUGUACUUUAACUCCCUUUUACCAGCAACUCUUUCAAAUGAAAUCCCAUGGAUUAGCCCUUGAGGUAUUUUUAUGCUCAGAAAAGAUCAACAUUUCUGAAUGUUCUAAAAACUUUUAAAAUGAUACUAGGAAUGGUGGAAACUUUCAAUACCAGAAAAAUAUAUUGGCAAAUACAAUCAUCCUUUGUCAACUAAGAAUUCAGACAUUACUAUUUCCUUGAGUAGGCUGUAUUUCAAAGAAACUCAUCUAAUACUAAUAGAGGCACUUUUUCUCCAAGUUAGGCUGCAGAGAAAAAAAAACAAAAAACACACAGGCACAUUGUACACUAUUUUCACAGUAAUAAUAGCUAACAUUUGUAUUUUUUAUUAUCUUAUACAUCACUAUGUGCCA